AUGACGACGAUCAACGAUCAAUUUCUAAAGAACACAAUUAACCGUAUAAACGAUUUAAGCAGGACGAGUCUCACAGUAGACAAAGAUGGAUUACUCAGUCUAGGUCACAAUAAGCUGGAUAGUACUAGAAAGCAACAGCUUUUAGAAUUCGCAUUAGUAGCUAGACACUCAGCUGAUGAAAUUUCUUCCUCCUCUCUACUCGUUGGACACAACUCUGAAACAGACGAUUUUGGAGACGUCCCAUUCACAAUAACAGUUGACCGUGAUGAGGAUAUAGCGCAUAGGUCACCUAACGAUAUAGCUAGAUUAAUACUUAAUCAGCUCCAAUUAAAUUACACGCUCAUAGUUGAGGAUGACGCUAUCGCUCAGAGACUUCCAAAAAGUUCUGAAACUAUUCUCAAUGAUUCACAAAAGAAAACUAUAAUUGAAAAGUGCUCAGCAGUUGGCCAACCAACUCUAGAUUUCUCUGCAUCAAUCUCAAAUAGUGAAAAUAUUAGUAUAUGGGCCAUUCGAAUAGCUGAACGUCAAUAUUUAGGACUUCUCACAAUCUCUGUAAAUUCUUAAAUUUGUAAUAAUGAUAAUG